AUGUAAUAACAUUGCAAUUUGAUUCUCAACGAACGAGGAACUCUAUGGUUAGGGGACUACGAGUCUGCUCUCAAUUUAGUAUUAUGAUUAUUUAUCUCUAAGGAGUUCCUUAAAAGCAAAGGAAUUAGGACAGUCAUAACAGUGGCUGCAGGAUUGAACUUAAAAUAUGAAGGAAUAGUCCAUCACAAAAUUGAAAUAUUAGAUAUAGAAUUAACCAAUAUUUCUUAAUAUUUUCAAACAGCCAAUGAUUGGAUAGAAAGAGGAUUUAACAUAGGAGGUGUAUUAGGUAGCAUCAAUCUAUUAUAAGAAGUUAAGUUCAUUGCAUGGCAGGUGUCUCCCGAUCUGCAGCUAUAGUAAUUGCUUAUUUGAUAGAGAAGAAAAAAAUGACCUAUUAUUAGGCCUUUACUUUUGUUAAAUCUAAACGACCUUAAAUAAAUCCUAAUAAAGGUUUUACAAAUUAAUUAAUGUCUUACGCUACAAGAAAUUCUUAGCCUCCCAUCCCCAAAUCUUCUAGGGCCAAUCAUUUCCAGUAGACAUAAGACUAGUUUGAGAAUAAUUUUUAUGCACCAGUUCAUCGAAAAAGUUCAGCUGGGGUUAUUUAAUAAAAUCCUAAUUUCUAUAAAUCUAUUACUAAGUCGAUGUCGUAAAGUAAAAGCAAAAACAAAUGA